AUGCCGCUCCUUCGAGGCUGCUCGGCGCUUGUCAUCCGCUGCUUCAAGCGCGUCGAGCAUUUCGCCGACUGGAUCACGGGCGCCGCAGGCCCAGUCUUCGUCUUCCUAUGCUGGACCCUGAUCAUCGGAGGAGGCAUAGCAUUCUUCGAUGUGGUCGGCCGAAGCCUCUCGCUAAUCCAAGCGCUCAUCCUUUCGCCAAUACUCAUCAUCGUACCGCUCAAUCUCUACGGGCAAUACUGGCUGGUCACACAUGUACCACCCGGCUAUCCUUCGCCCCGCGCAAUAGCGCUAUCGCCCGACAAGCCCAUCAGCACGAAAAAGGAGGAGCAGUGGAUCAUGCGGGAUCAGCGCUCGCUCUGGCGGCCAGAGCGGUGGGGGCUAGGGCGCAGAGGGCGGGUGUUGACGAGAGGGCCCGAGCCUGCUGGUCCGAGCGGACCUCAGGUAGGCGGGAGGCGGCUCAAAAAGUGCCGAAAGUGCGAUGGACCAAAACCUGAACGGGCGCACCAUUGCUCGGUAUGCAAGCGGUGUAUCCUGAUGAUGGAUCAUCAUUGUCCUUGGAUAAACGGAUGUGUGGGUAUCUAUAACCAGCGUCAUUUCGUGCUUUUCAUGACUUGGAUAUCGAUAGCCUGCUGGUGUGUCGUUGCGCUAGGCUAUGAUCACUUCUGGUCGUCUCUGCUCUAUAACCAAAAGUGGCCAGCAUACACGCCAAGAAUCGCCUUCACGCUGAUCUACGUCUUAUGCAUUGCUAUGGGCAUCGCGGUUCCCGUCCUUUUGUCAUGGCACAUCCACAUGAUCACCAAGGGAGAAACCUCGAUCGAGUCGCACGAUAACGCCUAUCUCGACAACAGAGCUUCAGCUGAGGGACUGAUCUACCUAAACCCAUACAAUAUGGGCAGAAAACAAAAUCUCCUCUUAUUCUUCAAUAUAGCCCCAUCCGGCUAUCCACGCAUCACCCUCCUCUUCCCUCUUCUCAUCCCGCCUGCGUCGAAUGGAUGGUCUUUCCCGCGCCGGGCGCUGCCCGAGCCGGUUGUGGGGGAGACGCAGGUACUGCAGGCGCCGGAGCUGGCGGCGAGGUCGGCGGAGCUUGGGGAGAUCAGGGGGCGGUAUGUGAUGGGUGAUGAGGGGUUGACGGAUGAUGAGGAGGGUGGGGCUGGGUAUAUGGAUUAA